CCAUCUUCAUCGUCCAAUAGAUACACUACACUGCACAGUUUAACUAGAUGCUUCCCAACCGACCGCUUCUUGGUAACCCACCACUCCACCGCCUAAUCCAGUGCUCAUUUAAUUUUUCGAGUUCCUUCCCUUCAACCUUCUUCUACCCUAUGCUACUUCGAUCUACCCAACCCCACCGAUUCUACCUCAUCGACGACUUCAUCCCUCCGAUGUUGUUUACUCCUUUUUUAGACCCAUCAAUUUUUUUUGGGUUUCAUCAACACCGCCAUAGCAAACCCUUCGCUUGACACCCGAAUUCGUUACGCCCCCGACAUUGACGAGUCCCAUCGGAAGAUCGUCGUCUACUUCUAAGGAAACCCUUAUACAGGUCAUCGACGAUUGCUUACUAUGUUUCUGAUUCCUUGGUGCACUCAAUGGUUCAGUUCCCCGUUGAGGUUUUGAGGGAGAAGACACAAUGAGCAAUCGUACCUCACCACACCUUCUUCUUUUUGUUCUUAUUGUUUUCACUUUAGGAAUUACUGAGCAGGACUUCAAGACGACAUCAAUAUCGGGUUUCUUCAUUUUCGCUUCGAUUGCCAUUUUUCUUCGGAUAUCAGAUAGGAAUCCACUGACACGGACUUCUAUGAUGCCUUGUGAGACUCAAAUUUCUUCAUCUUCCUGGGAUCCCAGAUUAGGCAAUAGAGAUAGCCCAUAUGGUAAAAAUAAUGAAAAUGAAGUUGUUAACUUCACAGUGGUAAUCUUCUAUAUAUUCCAAGUUUUGUUUAGUCAUUCUUUCCAUUGUUUUAUUACUAAUUUAACAACACCUGCACCUAUACCAGUUGCCUAUUGUCAAAGAUAUGUGUAGUAGUUUUUUUAAUAUUAACGCCCUAUUAUAGCACCCGUCGUGUUGAAGCAUUAGCAAAGUUUUUCUUUGAGGGUAUUUGUGUCAUUAUACUUAACUGUUUUGUUUCUGUUUACAGCUCUAGAACUACUGAAGGGAAGUGUAAGUCCAUGACUAAUUGAUAUGUAGCUGUGAAGGUGCCUAUUGACCAACAUAAUGAAUAACUUAACUGUUUACUAAACUAUCAUGUUAUUGUUUUUAAUAUUAGUUAUUGUAAUUAUAUUUAAUCAUAAAUUAUUAUUGAUUGUUGUAGGAUGGACAAAUUGAUGAUGUAUUGGUGGAAUUGGGAGAAGAAGCAUCAUUUUUGGGUUGUUUUGAUAAUGCAUUCUCCCUUUAUUAUUCUCUUAAGUAAAAUUUCAAUUUUGAAUUGUUUAACUAUCCUUUUGAAUUUGGAGACGUUAUAAUGAUAUUGAGUACUAAAUAACAAAACCGAAGGUUGCCAACGCCCGCAAAGCGGGGGAGCCUUCACUAGUUGAUAAUAAUGAAACUUAGGGGACUAAUUUAAAAAAAAAAAAAAUUAUUAAA